UAUUACUGUCAGUCAUGGUCCCUUAGAGAUAAUCUUGGGGCCAAAUGUAAAUGCUGAAUGCAGAGCUUGAGCAACAAAGGCUUCCAUUCAGUCUUACUUCCUCAAUAUCAGAAUGUCCCAUAAAUUCUGUAGGCCCCUUCCACACAUCUGUUGGGUUAAUGUGAGUUAUUGCAGUUGGCAUUGGCAUAAGUAGGUGAUGGUGCGAUAUAAAGUUGUUGACAAUGGCAUAGUUAAGGUGGUGGUGGGAUAUAAAGCUGUUGGCACUGCCAGUGGUUAAGGUGGUGGUGGGAUAUAAAGCUGUUGGCAAUGGCAUAGUUAAGGUGGUGGUGGGAUAUAAAGCUGUUGGCACUGCCAGUGGUUAAGGUGGUGGUGGGAUAUAAAGCUGUUGGCACUGCCAGUGGUUAAGGUGGUGGUGGGAUAUAAAGCUGUUGGCACUGGUAGUGGUUAAGGUGGUGGGAUAUAAAGCUGUUAGCACUGCCAGUGGUUAAGGUGGUGGUGGGAUAUAAAGCUGUUGGCACUGCCAGUGGUUAAGGUGGUGGUGGGAUAUAAAGCUGUUGGCACUGCCAGUGGUUAAGGUGGUGGUGGGAUAUAAAGCUGUUGGCACUGGCAGUGGUUAAGGUGGUGGUGGGAUAUAAAGCUGUUGGCACUCCCAGUGGUUAAGGUGGUGGUGGGAUAUAAAGCUGUUGGCACUUGCAGUUGUUAAGGUGGUGGUGGGAUAUAAAGCUGUUGGCACUGGUAGUGGUUAAGGUGGUGGUGGAAUAUAAAGCUGUUGGCACUGGUAGUGGUUAAGGUGGUGGUGGGAUAUAAAGCUGUUGGCACUGCCAGUGGUUAAGAUGGUGGUGGGAUAUAAAGCUGUUGGCACUGGCAGUGGUUAAGGUGGUGGUGGGAUAUAAAGCUGUUGGCACUUGCAGUUGUUAAGGUGGUGGUGGGAUAUAAAGCUGUUGGCACUGGUAGUGGUUAAGGUGGUGGUGGAAUAUAAAGCUGUUGGCACUGGUAGUGGUUAAGGUGGUGGUGGGAUAUAAAGCUGUUGGCACUGCCAGUGGUUAAGAUGGUGGUGGGAUAUAAAGCUGUUGGCACUGGCAGUGGUUAAGGUGGUGGUGGGAUAUAAAGCUGUUGGCACUGGUAGUGGUUAAGGUGGUGGUGGGAUAUAAAGCUGUUGGCACUGCCAGUGGUUAAGGUGGUGGUGGAAUAUAAAGCUGUUGGCACUCCCAGUGAUUAAGGUGGUGGUGGGAUAUAAAGCUGUUGGCACUUGCAGUUGUUAAGGUGGUGGGAUAUAAAGCUGUUGGCACUGGUAGUUGUUAAGGUGGUGGUGGGAUAUAAAGCUGUUGGCACUUGCAGUUGUUAAGGUGGUGGUGGGAUAUAAAGCUGUUGGCACUUGCAGUUGUUAAGGUGGUGGGAUAUAAAGCUGUUGGCACUGGUAGUGGUUAAGGUGGUGGUGGAAUAUAAAGCUGUUGGCACUAGUAGUGGUUAAGGUGGUGGUGGGAUAUAAAGCUGUUGGCACUUGCAGUUGUUAAGGUGGUGGUGGGAUAUAAAGCUGUUGGCACUUGCAGUUGUUAAGGCAGACUCCAAUCCUCUUCCUGGUGUGCAGAGAAGGCAUGAUCACCGCUCCUGCUAUCAGUCCCUACACUGUAAACCAGCUUGCCCAGGUAUAACACCAGUCUGCUACAGUCACCUUUGACCUUCCAGCAGCAUUCUACCUGCUUAGUAUUCGAGAGAAAGUCCAGCUCACUCCCCUAGCCUGCAGCACUCGGACUGGCGUGGGCUGCGCCUGGAUACUGUGUAGACAAGUAGAGAUGGUCCAGCGCAGGUCGUAAGAGAUUAUAUUUGCUAAUGCUGGUAGUGGCAAGUAAUGGAACCUCCCCCAGCAAAGAGAGCCAGACCUACAAUCGAUGAGACCCCCUCACCAGCCUGCUCCUCCUUACCUCUCUUUGAAGACAACACCUUCCCCCAGGAUGAAGCUCUACGUAUUGAAGGAAUUAAGUGGAAGAGACCCAAGGAAAUAUGUGACUGUCCCCAGUUUGUAGUGGAUGGAGCUACCAGGAUGGAUGUGUGCCAGGGCAACCUAAGUAACUGUUGGUUCCUCUCUGCUGUGGCCUGUCUUUCUCUCUACCCUCAGCUGCUGGAACAAGUCGUACCAAUGGAUCAAGGAUUUACAGAUGGCUAUGAUGGCAAAUUUAGAUUCCAGUUUUGGCAGUAUGGCCGUUGGGUAGAAGUUGUGGUGGAUGACCUCCUGCCUACAAUUCCUGUCCAGAACAAUGGAAAAACUCAAUAUAAUUUACUUUUUGUGCACUCUAAAGACAAGGAUGAGUUCUGGAGCUCGCUUCUAGAGAAAGCCUAUGCAAAACUAAAAGGUGGUUACUCCGCUCUUCAGAUGGGGUUUGCAGGAGAAGCUUUGGAAGAUAUGAGCGGAGGUGUGGUACAAAGCUGUGAUACCAGUGGGCCAACCUCAGACUUGUGGAAUCACCUCCACAAUAUGCUUGAAAGAGGAGCUCUUAUCUGCUGUGGGAACACUCAGGGAAAAUUUGAAACUGCAAAUCUGAUGGGAAUUCUCAGCCACCACAUGUACUCAGUGACUGGGACACAAGAAGUUCAGACAUUACGUGGCUCUGUGUCACUGCUGAGGAUCCGUAACCCCUGGGGACACACCGAGUGGAUUGGGCCAUGGAGAGAUGGGGGGCCUGAAUGGCAGAAUGUAACAGACCCAGAGCAGUCGGAAAAUGUCAUAUUAGAAGAUGGAGAAUUCUGGAUGGCAAUUGAGGACUUCCAAAAGAAUUUCCAUUUUCUGGAGAUAUGUCACUUGGGGCCACAGAGUAUUCUGAGAAUUGAUGCAGCAGCUAAGCCUUGGGAAUACACUUCUUAUGAAGGACGCUGGGUGAAAGGAUUGUCUGCAGGGGGCUGCAAUAUCAGCAGUGAUUUUUACUGGAUGAACCCCCAAUUUUCCCUCACUAUAGGAAAUAAUGAUGCUAAUGACAAUUCUGAACCCCAAACAUCUUGCAGCUUUAUUGUAUCCGUCAUGCAGAAACAUCAGAGGUUGCGGAAGACUGGACACAUUCGCGUAGCAUGCCAUAUAUUUCAGGGAGAUGACAGCCAUGCCUAUCUAUUUCAAGAUGUCCUCCGCUCCUCCCAGCCCCUCCUUAGUGCUGGACCGUGUGAAAACCACCGGGAAGUCGUCCUGUGCUCCAGCCUGCCGCCCGGGCGCUACAUAGUCAUCCCGUCCUUAGAGAAAGACUCUGAUGAGGGAGAGUUCCUGAUACGAGUCCUAACUGAGAAGGGAAACAGUUCCAGGCCAAUAGAAAGUAAUGGGAAUUGCAGUGAAAUUGCGGCACUUUCUGCACUCCCCACAGAGGAUCAGUGUUUGGGACGAUUUCUACAGUGUGCAAAUUCGGACAGGAGAGUCAAUAAUGUACAACUUCACAAACUUUUGGCUUCACUACUGAACGACUUUGUUCCCAUUUUGCCGAAGUUCACCUUGGAGAUCUGUCGCUCGCUAAUGGCUUCAAUGGAUAUAUCAGCUGUUGGAUCCCUGGACUUGGAACAGUUUUGCAUGCUUUGGAAGAAAAUCAUAGCUGGAACGUGUAUAUUCGCUAAUUUAUACAAAGACAAGACUGACAGAAUCUCCAGCGAUCAGCUCGUAGCCGCUCUCCGGUCAGCAGGUCUUCCGGCAGAUGAUUUUUUGGUCCGUUUGGCCCUAGUAAGGUAUGGAGAUCCAGACGGUUUCCUCAGUUAUCCAGAUUUUAUCUGCUGUCUCCUGAAACUCCAGAGUCUGACAGAGAAGUUCCAGGCUGCGGACCCCACUGGCUCCGGUGAAGUGACUCUAAACUAUCGUCAGUGGCUGCUGCUGGCUGUAUUCAGCUAAAAGGAAAAGAUCAGACAAGAAGACUGGAAAAUUUUGAAGGCAAAAUUUGAGCUCCUUAUGUGGCCAUUGAUGAAAUAUGGAGGAGCACCUACUGAAGGAGUAACUUUCUCAGGACAUUGGGACCAAGUAGACCAGUGGUCUCCAACCUGCGG